AUGGCAAUCCAUUGUAUUCAGAAUGUCCGAAAGAUCGCAGUUACUGUUUUCAUCGCCUUGAUGUUAGCGGUGAACACUGACGCUUUUACUCACGGUGUAGUCCCUGUUGGAGGUAAACCCUUCUCGAGACCUCGCCAUGGGCUUAGGUUUUGCUGUACUUCGAAAGACUCAUCUCGACAAACUCGUGCCGCUCUACACGUGCACCAAUCGUCCUUUGGGGACAAAAAUGCUUUCAUCGAUGGAGUGCGGGAAGUGAAUGAUAACUUUUUGAACCACCUACAUGUAGUGACACUUCCCACGUUGUGGGUCUCUUUGAUCGCCUCGAUGGUGGUGAUGGUGUUACGUGUUCGCCCCUCGAACUUGUAUUGGUUACACAAAGGCUUCCAAGCCAUAUUUGCAGCAGCUGGGAUGAUUUCUUUACCAGUCGCAACGGUUGUGUCAAUCUGUGGAAUCUUGAGCAUGAUGCCUUGUGUUGGUCUUGCUCUGUGGAUCACAUCUCUUGUGUCUUCAAUCGACAUGGAUAAUCUUUUCUUGAUUCUGGCUGCCGCUUCACAAAAGCUUUCGUUACGGGUGCAAAGACAUGCUGAAAAAACAGCCUUUUUUACGAUGGCAGACUGGGCACUUUCUACUCCCCUAACCUGGUUUGCCUGCUCUGUGCUACUAUUUCCUUUGCAUCAUCAGAUUCUCUUCGGGCAAAUCCACUCGGGCAUCGUCAAACGUUUGUUUGGGAGGAAAUCCAAGCUUAAGGACUCUGCAUUGAAAAGCGCAGACUACACGAGUGCAUCGAAGCAUGCAAAGAUGACAAGAAGUGGAUUUUUAGUUUGGGCCUUCUCGUCAAGCUUCGUUCUCGGGUCGUUUGCCCUUGCAAAGUGGACACCUCCAAUCGAACAUCUUGUCUCGAUAAGAUGCUACGAUAGAGCUGCAUUCUUGUCCUUGCUGGCAAUUUGUCACGGAGCCUUGGAGUUUUUUGUGUCAUUGAAAGUCUUCGCGCCCAUGUUCCAGAGACACGGUGUGUUUGCAGCUAUUGGUGCACAGAUGGCUUGGAAUUUUAACUUCAUACUGUUGCCAAUAACAGCUCCAUUCCGCAUGACCAAGCGCCUAUUCAGGGACAGGGAGACCCAAACAGAGUCCGAAACACCCAAAUGCUAG